AUGAGCCGGCAGUCCUACAGUAUCAGAGCAGGUGGUGGUGUAAAAGGUUUUAGCACAGCCUCUGCCAUCAUCCCAAGUGGCAAUAGAUCUGGUUUCAGCUCACUUUCUCUUGCUCGAGCUGGUGGAGGUGGUUUUGGUGGUGGUGGUGGAGGAGGUAUUGGAAGGAUCAGUAUUGGCAGUGGUGGCAGUGGUGGCGGUGGCUUUGGCAGCAGGAGUCUUUAUAAUCUUGGUGGUACUAAAAGAAUUUCUAUCAGCAGAGGUGGCAACUUGCGCAGUGGAUUAGGUGGUGGUGGAGGGUUUGGUUUUGGUAGUGGCUCUGGCAGUGCGUUUGGUUUUGGUGGAGGAGCCGGAGGUAGUGGCUUUGGGUUUGGUGGUGGAGGAGGUGGAGGAGGAGGAUAUGGUUUUGGUGGGGGGCUUGGUGCAGCUAGAAGUUCCCUAGGCUUUGGUGGUGGUGCCGUACCUGGGGUUGGCACCAUCCAAGAAGUGACCAUUAACCAAAGUCUCCUAGCACCGCUCAAUUUAGAAAUUGACCCAGCCAUCCAAGAAGUACGGAAAGAAGAGAAGGAACAAAUUAAGACACUCAACAACAAAUUUGCAUCUUUCAUUGACAAGGUCCGCUUCCUGGAACAGCAGAACAAAGUUCUGGAGACCAAGUGGGCCCUUUUGCAGGAUCAAGGACUGAAAUCUGGUUCUAACAAGAGCAACCUUGAUCCACUCUUUGAGGCCUACAUCAAUAACCUAAGGAGACAGCUCAGUGGUUUGAUCAAUGAGAAAGGCCGACUGGAUGGGGAGCUGAAGAAUAUGCAGGAUAUUGUUGAAGACUUCAAGACCAAAUAUGAAGAGGAAAUCAAUCGGCGUACAUCUGCUGAAAAUGAGUUUGUUAUGCUCAAGAAGGAUGUGGAUGCAGCAUACAUGAACAAAGUGGAGCUGGAAGCCAAAGUGGAUUCCCUAACUGAUGAACUCAACUUCCUGAGGGCCCUCUAUGAGGCGGAAUUGGCUCAGUUACAGGCACAGAUGUCUGACACUGCUGUCAUCCUCUCUAUGGAUAACAACCGGGACUUGGACCUGAAUGGCCUCGUCUCUGAUGUGAAAGCUCAAUAUGAAGACAUUGCCAACAGGAGCCGAGCAGAAGCAGAAGCUUGGUACCAGAACAAGUUUGAGGAACUCCAAGCUACUGCAGGAAGGCAUGGUGAUGACCUACGAAAUACUAAAGGAGAAAUUUCAGAGCUCAAUAGGAUGAUUCAGAGGAUACGCUCAGAAAUUGAAAAUGCCAGGAACCAGUGUGCCAAUCUGCAGACGGCUAUUGCAGAUUCUGAGGAUCGGGGUGAAUUGGCUCUCAAAGAUGCCAGAGCCAAGCUUAUUGAACUAGAGGAGGGUCUACAGAAAGCUAAGGAAGAAAUGACCCGCCUAUUGCGGGAGUACCAAGAGCUCAUGAACGUCAAGCUGGCCCUGGAUAUUGAGAUCGCCACCUACAGAAAGCUGCUGGAAGGAGAAGAGAGCAGGCUCUUUGGAGAGGGAGUUAAUCCUGUCAGCAUUUCCAUCUUGGGUUCUGGAAGCUCUGUUGUGAGCUCCAGUGGCGGAGGCGGAGGCGGAGGUGGUCUUGGAGGAGGUCUUGGUCUUGGUUUUGGAGGAGGAGGAGGCGGCGGAGGAGGAGGUGGUUUUGGUCUUGGAAGUGGUUUGAGCCUUGGAGGAGGAGGAGGUGGAGGAGGUCUUGGACUUGGUUUUGGUUAUGGUGGUGGCAGUGGUGGGGGGUUGAGUUUUGGAGGAAGCAGUUUCAGUUCUGGGAGUGGGAAAGGCAUUGGGGCAGGAAGCAACUCUGGUGUGAAAAUUAUCUCCAAAACCUCCACUACCCAAAAGAGCAUCAGAAGCUAAAACCUAAAGAAAACACCAAAAAAACCUGAGCAAGAACAAAUGCACAUAUAUCCCUACAUCUCUGGUGGGCAUUAGCAGUGGUGUCAUGUCAAAUAACUAACAACCACUUUCCAUCUCUUACUCUCCCUGUGGCUCUGGAGCAUCCAGUCCUUCCCUCCCUCUUACUUUCUGGCUUCUCUGUCCUUGUCUUCUCUGGUCUCUUCCUCCUCUUCCCCCACUUCAAUUGGCUUCCUUUUUAACCUCUCUGGCCUCUGUGUCUUUUAAGAAUUGCAGCAACCAGUUCUGGUAAACUGGUGCAAACGAUCUGAGUGUCACCACGGGGCAUUAGUAAAAGUCUUACCUGACACUAUUCAUUCAAAAAAUGGAUAUUCUAAAAGAACUGUACACUGCCUAGAAAUUUGAUCACGGUCUCUCUUUUUUCCCUCCUGAAGUCCAAAUUGAAUUAAAGUGUCACAAAGAUUCUUACUAAUAUUAUUAUUUUCAA